ACCCACCUCCUCCAUAGAUCUGAAACAAAUAUUCCGACUCUUUUCUCUCUCUCUCACACUACUCUCUUCCUUCUUCGUCAUAUGCUUCUACAGUCCUAAAUGUCGAAGAAUAAUGCGAUUGAGAACGUUCCUCUGUCGCGAUUCGGCGUCCUCGUCGCCCAGCUGGAGUCGAUUGUGGCGUCAGCGUCACAGAAAAACCCAGACCCUCUCCUCUGUUUCGAGAUCCUCUCCGAUCUCAUCUCCGCACUCGACGAAGAGCCUAAGGAGUCUAUAUUGGUAUGUCAAAGGAAGUGCGAAGAUGCCUUGUAUUCUCUAGUUACUCUUGGUGCUCGGAGACCAGUGCGGCAUCUUGCUUCAGUGGCUAUGGCGAAAAUUAUAUCAAAUGGUGAUAGUAUUUCCAUAUACUCUAGAGCUAGCAGUCUACAAGGGUUUCUUUCCGAUGGCAAGCGCAGUGAUCCUCAGCGAGUUGCAGGUGCUGCCCAAUGCUUGGGGGAGCUGUAUCGUCAUUUUGGGAGAAGAAUUACUUCUGGCUUGUUCGAAACGACAGUUAUUGUCACAAAAUUAGUGAAGUUUAACGAGGAUUUUGUGAGACAAGAAGCAUUUAUCUUGCUUCAUAAUGCGUUGGAUGGCUGCGGUGGUACAGCUGCUGCUACUGCGUACUCUGAAGCAUACCGUCUGAUCACAAGGUUUUCCACUUUGGACAAGUCAUUUGUAGUGAGAAUUGCUGCUGCACGUUGUUUGAAGGCCUUUUCUAACAUUGGAGGACCUGGUCUUGGUACUAGCGAAUUUGAUACCUUAGCGUCUUACUGUCUCAAGGGUAUUGAAGAUUCCGAAUCAUCUGUCCGUGAGGCAUUUGCAGAGGCUUUGGGUUCAUUGCUUGCCUUAGGAAUGCAUCCUGAAGCGCAUGUCCAACCUAGAGGCAAAGGUCCAUUUCCACCAGCAAAGAAGCUGGAAGGCUGUCUGCAGAGGCAUCUAAUUUUACCCUUCACAAAAGCGGUUGGCCCACGGGCAAGAAACAAGCGGUUUGGUUUGGCACUGUCAUGGGUGUUCUUUUUACAGGCCAAUAGGAUAAGGUAUUUGGGUCCAGAUAGUGAGCUUCAGGACUAUUCUUUGCUUGUCAUGGACAUGCUGCGGGGUGACUCCUCAAUUGAUGCCCAUGCCCUGGCAUGUGUUCUGUACAUCCUACGGGUUGGCGUAAUUGAUCAAAUGAUGGAGUCAAGCCAGAGAAGCUUUUCAGUUUUUCUCGGAAAUCAGCUUCAGUCUUCAGAUGCUAGUCCAUCAAUGAAAAUUGUUGCUUUGCGGGCUUUGUCAUACACGUUGAAAACACUGGGAGAGGUUCCCCAAGAAUUCAGGGAGUUUUUUGAUGACACAGUGGGUGCGGCGUCGUCACAUUUCUUGGACCUUGUACGUGUUGAGGCUGCUUUAACUUUACGUGCUUUGGCUGAGGUUGAUCCCACCUGCGUUGGUGGGUUGACUUCUUAUGCUGUAACCACUAUUAAUGCGUUACGGGAAAGUUUAUCCUUUGAAAAGGGAGGCAAAUUGAAAACUGAUCUUGCUUCUUUGCAUGGGCAAGCAGCAACUUUAGCAGCUCUAGUCUCCAUAUCUCCUGGUCUCUCUCUUGGUUAUCCUGCUAAACUGCCAAGGUCAGUGCUUGAAGUUUCAAAGAAGAUGCUAACAGAGUCCAGGAGGAAUAUCACAGUCGCCUCAAGUGAAAAGGAAGCUGGAUGGUUAUUGUUAUCAUCCCUACUAAAUUCUAUGCCAAAGGAGGAAUUUGGGGACCAAGAUUUUGAUAUUCUUAUCUUGUGGACUGAUGUCUUUACUGGAAACCCAGAGCAGUUGAUCAAACAACCUGCAGAACUGGAGUCUACGUUAAGGGUGUGGUCGGCUGCAGUUGACGCACUCACAGCUUUUGUGAGACGUUUUGUCUCUUGUGAGGAUGGUAUUCUGCUUCAACCAGUACUGGCAAACCUCCGUAGCGCUUUGUCUUAUGUAUCGGCAAUGGCCAACAAACGGUUACCUGAUGUCAAAACUUUGGUCGAUACACUCAUCAUAAGAGUAUUGAUAGCUUAUCAGUCCAUCCCAGAUCCCUUGGCCUAUAAAAGUGAGCAUCAGCAAAUUAUUCAGCUAUGCACAGCACCAUAUAGGGACCCUUCCGGAUUUGAGGAAAACUCGUGCUUGAAGGCACUCCUUGACAAAAGAGAUGCAUGGCUUGGUCCUUGGAUUCCUGGCAGGGAUUGGUUUGAAGAUGAGCUUCGCUAUUUUCAAGGCGGGGAAGAUGGUCUAGCACCAAGUGUAUGGGAAAGUAAAGUUUCUAGUUUUCCUCUGCCAGAGACUGUAAAAAAGACAUUGGUGAAUCAGAUGGUUCUCUGCUUUGGUAUCAUGUUUGCUUCGCAGGAUAGCCGUGGGAUGCUUUCACUUCUUUCGGUCAUACAACAGUGUAUGAAAGCUAGAAAGAAGCAACAAUGGCGUACUGCCAGCUUGACUAACAUCUGUGCGGGUCUUCUUGCCGGAUUAAAGGCUUUGCAUGCUCUACGUUCUCAGCAACUAGAGACAGAAGUAUUAAGCACAGUGCAAGCCAUUUUUCAGAAUAUUUUAACAGAGGGAGACAUCUGUGCAUCGCAACGCAGGGCAGCAUGUGAGGGUCUUGGUCUCCUAGCUCGUCUUGGAAAUGACAUCUUUACAGCAAGAAUGACCAGAGUGCUUCUUGGGGAACUAAAUGGAAUAACAGAUCCAAACUAUGGUGGAUCCGUUGCUCUUGCACUUGGCUGCAUCCAUCACAGUGCAGGAGGAAUGGCAUUGUCGACCUUAGUACCCGCUACUGUUAGUUCAGUCUCUUCUUUGGCCAAAACUCCCGUUCUUGGUCUUAAGAUCUGGGCCUUGCAUGGGCUUCUUUUGACCAUUGAAGCUGCUGGUUUAUCAUUCGUAUCUCAUGUUCAGGCAGCAUUAGGACUUGCCUUGGACAUUUUAUUGGGUGAAGAAAGUGGAUGGAUCGAUCUUUCCCAAGGCAUUGGGCGCCUUAUUAAUGCCAUUGUUGCUGUCCUUGGUCCUGAGCUUGCUCCUGGCAGCAUUCUCUUUUCACGCUGCAAGUCUGUUAUUGCAGAGAUUAGUUCCUGGCAAGAAAUUCCGACCCUGCUUGAGAGCGUCCGUUUUACCCAGCAGCUUAUUCUUUUUGCUCCACAAGCUGUUUCAGUGCAUUCACACGUGAAGAAUCUCUUACUGACAUUGACAUCAAGACAGCCAAUAAUUAGGCGUCUCUCUGUAUCAACUCUUCGGCAUCUGAUUGAGAAAGACCCGGUAUCUGUCAUUGAUGAGCAGAUAGAAGGUAACUUAUUUCAAAUGUUAGAUGAAGAAACAGAUUCUGAGAUUGGGAACCUGAUCCUUAGUACCUUGAUACGCCUUCUUUAUGCGACAUGCCCAUCACGCCCAUCCCGAUGGAUUUCAAUAUGCCGCAACAUGGCUCUUGCAACAUCCACUGGAAGAAGUGCGGAAACGAACAGUACGGAAAAUGAUCCUUCCAGCGCAAGAGAUAACCUUGGAGAUGAUGAUGAAGACAUGGUUUCUAACUCUAGUGGGAAAUCCUUACAUGCCAGUCCUGACAAAGACAAAGCCUUGAGAUAUCGAACCAGAAUUUUUGCAGCUGAGUGUUUGAGUCUUUUGCCAGAGGCUGUAGGACAGGAUGCUGCUCAUUUUGAUCUUUCAUUGGCAAGGAAACUUGCUUCGGAUACACAAAGCUCAGGUGACUGGUUAGUUCUUCAACUACAAGAGCUGAUAUCUCUUGCUUACCAGAUAAGCACUAUUCAGUUUGAAAACAUGAGGCCGAUUGGAGUUGGACUUCUUAGCACAAUUCUUGAGAAGUUCAAAUUAGUAGCUGAUCCUGAACUUCCUGGACAUCUUCUGCUUGAACAAUAUCAGGCUCAACUGGUAUCUGCUGUUCGUACUGCCCUGGAUGCAAAUUCUGGCCCUGUUCUUCUGGAAGCUGGGUUAGAGUUGGCCACAAAGAUAAUGACCAGUGGAAUAAUAAGCAGUGAUCAAGUUGCAGUCAAACGCAUAUUCUCUCUACUUUCACGUCCGCUCAAUGACUUCAACGAAUUAUACUAUCCUUCAUUUGCUGAAUGGGUCACAAGCAAGAUCAAGAUCAGGCUUCUUGCUGCACAUGCCUCGCUUAAGUGUUACAUAUUUACAUUCUUGAGAAAACACCACGGUGAGGUGCCAGUAGAAUUUGAAGCGCUAUUGCCAUUGUUUUCAAAGAGUUCAGACGUACUUGGGAAGUACUGGAUUCAGGUCCUAAGGGGCUACAGUUAUGUUUGCUUAUUUCAGAACCCCAAAAGAAGUCAGUUCUCGAUCUUAGAUGAAAUCCCGCCACAUACUGUUUCAAGAAGGCUGCAGCCUUGUUUAGAUGAAGCAUGGCCUGUGAUCCUGCAAGCUUUGGUCCUGGAUGCAAUUCCUGUGAAUCAUAUCGUAGACGGAUUUUCUGAUAGGUCCUUGAUAUCUAGACAUCGCAUGGUUACCCUAGAGGUUGAAGAUUAUCAGUUUCUAUGGGGCUUUGCUGUACUUGUAUUAUUUCAGGGGAUGCAUCCAAGCUCUAAUACACAAGUGAUACCUUUUGGCUCAACUAAAGUAAAAAAUAGUGGAGACUCCAGCAUUAAGGAAUCUUCAUUCCAGGGCCUAAAGUUACAUGAAAUUGCUUUACCAGUGUUCCUAUCUCUUUCUGCUGAAAGAUUUUUCACCAGUGGCUUUCUUAGCAUAGAUCUCUGCCAAGAACUGUUGCAGGUUUUCUCGUAUUCCUUUUAUAUGGACAGUUCUUGGGAUAUUCUUGCAGUAUCCGUAGUACAUCAGAUUUCACAAACCUCUCCAAAAGAUUUUCUUGAAUCUGAGCAGUUUGCCUACUCGACCAUUGAACUCUGUCUGGGGUACCUGUUCAAAAUUCUUCAUAGGCAUAAUGAAAUUUCGCCAGAUGAUGAUGACAUUAGGGAUAAUUUGCUGUCUACUGUAUUUGUUUCCGUAAAGACACUAGUGACACGUUUUGAGUUGAAGAAUCGUUUGAUGUCGGCACCUCUGGCGUUACUGUUAAGUGGGUACAAGUGCAUCCGGCAAGUCCCCACUAACGCCUACUUACCAAAAGCUCUUGAGAUUGUGAAGUCCACCAAUGAGUUAUUGCUUAAGCUUACCAGAACCUCGUCACGGAAACCUUCUACUGAUGCUGUUGCUGCGGAUAGUAGUGUCCAUCUAGGAGCAAUGUUUGGUGCUUGUGUACACAUGGUUGGUGAUCUGACUAAAGAUUGUAUCGACGGUAUCCAUCUUGUGGACACCAAGAGAUCAGGGUUACGCAAGCUUCUUCAGUUGAAGCUUGCAUUCUGUCUUGAACAACUUUUUUCACUGGCUAAGUUUGCCUACGAGCUUCACUGUCCAGAAGAUGAAACUGAGACCAAUUCUAUCUGUAUUGCGGUGUUGAAGAGUUGCCACAUUAGUAUAGCAGCAGUAGUUAAAGAUUCCAGUGUGCAGGUUCAAGCUACUGCCUUACAAGUGCUAAAAAGCUUGGUGCAGCGUUACAACAACACAGAGGAGAAAAGUUUUGUGAUUUUCUUUGUUGGGGAACUUAUUGGAGAUAUUUUCAGUCUAAUGCAGAGGGCGCUUCUGAAACCUAUGAAUAAGGAAUCGGUGGUUAUAGCUGGCGAAUGCUUGCGGUUCAUAAUGCUACUUCAGAUGCACUCAAAUGUUGAUGAACAUCAGAAGGGAUUCAUGAGCCUUUUUCUUGAAUCCGUUCUUGUGGUUUUCUCUAAGACUUCAGAUGGCGUUUCUCAGGAAGUCCUUGAGAUAAGAACUGCAACUGUGCGGCUUGUUUCCCAUCUAGCUCAGUUGCCUUCUUCAGCUAUUCACUUUAAGGAUGUUUUGCUGUCGCUGCCAACAACACACCGGCAGCAGCUUCAGGAUAUAAUCCGUGCUUCCGUCUCUCAAGAUAGUUCCACUCUGAAGCCAAAAUCCUUGGUCCCACCAAUGGAUAUCAAAUUACCAGCACCUGUGGUAGCAACACCUGAGAAAGUUACCUCUUCUGCUCCUCUUGUUGUUAAAGCAGAAACAUUGUCCACUGUGCCAACAUCAUUAAAUCAGGCUAGCACAGUAGAAAGUGGAACCGACGAAGAAAAUGAUGACGAGGAUGAUGAUGAUGAUUGGGACACUUUCCAGUCUUUUCCUGCUUCCACAAAUCCUGAAGGUUCGGGAUCAAAGACAGAAAGUGUUACUGAAGAGGAGACAGACCUUCCUGCGAGCUCUUCCAUUCAGGAUGAUGAAUCAAAGAAAUCACCACUUGUAGAAGAAGCUUAUGAUCAACAUCUUGCAUCAGAACCUACCGCUGACACCACUAAAGAAGAUUCCGUCGACAACAGCAAAGGGGACGAAGAGGAAACAGUAGAGUCAUCUCUCAACGAAGAAGUUACAAGUCAGAAUGACAUCUCAUCGGAUGAUCAUCUUGUUGAAAUGAAGGAAGAAUCAGUUGAGAGUCGUAAGAGUUCUGAACCUGAAAUUAUCGGAGUUGAUACCAAACUUCCUUCGACAGAAGCAGAUUCACCAGCUUUAGAUGAUACAUCAGACGAUCUGGAUCCGCAACACUUAGAAAAGUCAGUCCAGGAUGACCAAGUUAAGUGUAGCAACGAACAUGUUGUAUCGGAAAAGACAGUGGCUGAAAAUAAGAGCGAGGAGGAUUAACCAUUAAGGGAGCC